CCCUCCUGAGGCGGCAAGCCUCUCCACCACCAGAAGACGGCGGCGACUCUUAACUCCGUACACAGGCAGCAUCAUGGCGAAGCAGUGGAGCAUUGUCGCCAAAACCAAGAAGAACAAUAAGAAAUUAGGUCCCGAUGCUAUUGCCAUGAAGCUCAAAGCUUCAAAAACUAACCCCUUGGAGAUCAUCUGGUCCCGCCGCAAUUUCGACAUCCUCAGCAAAAAGCGCAAGGGCAAAUAGCGACGCCGUAUUGUCCUUGCCAUCUGAAAAGCAUAUCAGACAUUCUCAAUUCCAUCUAAUUCUCAAUUCAUCGUAAAAUGAACCUCUGUGUAUGUAUUGAUUACGUUUGGUGUUAUUGUUGAUGGUUGGCUGGGGCAAAGGGAAGAAGAGAAUGAGGAGAGCGUAUUUGGGAACAGAAUGAAAUGCUCGAGAUCUUGAUCCCCUUCCGGAGACUGAUGAUUUUGAGGAUGAAAUGUUGUCUGAUGAUGAUGGUUGAAAACAGAGCUGAAACUGAGAGUAAGUCCUGACUCAAAUAAAAAUUUCUUGAGAGUGGCUCCCUGUUAAUGAUGCUAGCUGCUGAUUUGUUAAUUCUUUUACUUUCUUUUUUUUUAUUGAGAUUUUAGUAGUAUGUUGAUCUGAGAAUUGUGUAUCUUUGUAAUUGUAUUGCCAGUUUCUGUUAUUGAUGUGUGAAAUGGCAAUGAUUUUGAUUGACAUCUUUUUUUGUCCACUGAGUUUUCUUGUUGCUCCAUAUUCUCUGAUAUUUGUUUUUGGUGAAUUGUGGUGGAAAUGCUUUCUUCUUGACUUUUAAGGUGUGAAAUCAAAUUGGAUAACUCUC